UUUUGAAAGCCACGUGCAGCUGGUUGACAUCUGAACACAGAUACUUAUUCUUAAUUUCUUACCAGACUACAACUAUACAAAAGAGGAGUUACCCAUAACUAGAUGUACUUAAUCAAACUGUAUUUCAUUGUUAGCUUAUUUUUUAUUUAACGAUGAAAUCGUCAAGGAAAACAUGAUUUAAUUUGAAGAUCUUUGCAGAGACAGAAGAUUUAGUGUUUUCUUGAAUUUUGUUUGAUAGUUUGAUGUGAUGUUAAAAGUUCAUUCAGCAUGACGUCGGAAGGUGAACUUCAUGUCUGGAAGAAGCCGUUAGAACUAUUUGAAGUACAAGAAAAACCCGUGAAAAUAUGUGCUCCAAUGGUCCGAUAUUCAAAAUUAGCAUUCCGUAUGCUUGUGAGAAAGUAUGGCUGUGAUUUAGCUUUCACACCCAUGAUUAUAUCAGAGUCCUUUAUAAAGUCGGUGAAGGCAAGAGACAGUGAAUUUACUACAUGUAAAGAGGACCGUCCACUGGUAGUACAAUUUGCAGCCAAUAAUGCGAAGGAUCUGGCAGACGCAGCAGAAAUCAUAGCACCAUAUGCAGACGGGGUGGACUUAAACUGUGGAUGUCCACAAAGAUGGGCCAUGCAAGAGGGUUAUGGAUCUUAUUUGAUAAAGAAGCCAGAGCUUGUUAAAGACAUGGUGGCUCAGACUAGGGGACGUGUCAGUCGCGACGAUUUCUCUGUCUCGGUCAAGAUAAGACUCAGAGAAAAUGAAAGAGAAACAGUGGAGCUGUGUCAGAGAGCGGAGAAGGCUGGAGCGUCAUGGAUAACUGUCCAUGGGCGUACACCAUCACAACGCUCUCAGCCAGUCAACCUGGAUGCCAUCAAACUCAUUAAGGAAAAUGUCACUAUACCUGUCGUUGCUAAUGGUGACAUCAAAUCUCUCGAGGAUUGCCAUAUGGUCAGGGAACACACUGGAAUAGAUGGUGUGAUGUCUGCUAGAGGAAUGCUGGAGAACCCUGCCAUGUUUGCUGGGUAUGAUACAACCCCUCUGUCUUGUAUCAAAGAUUGGAUGGAGUUGGCUAUAUCUGUUGGCACACCUUACCAGUGUUUUCAUAACCACCUGAUCUACAUGAUGGAGAAGGCUUUACCUCGGUCAGAGAGACGGAUUUUCAACGCUCUGUGUAGUACAACAGCAGUACUAGACUAUCUCAAUCACAACUAUGACAUCAGUAUAUGAUACCAUGGAAUAUAGGAUAUUACAGAACUUUUUAUCUUUGAAAAAAUCCUUGUGUGUAUACCGUUAAGUAGAAUUUGAUGUUGCAUAAAGUCGAUCAGAGACCAAAAUAAGCUGAUUUUGAACUCAUUGGGGAAUAUAUUAUUUUUCUUGUAUGCGAUAUUCAUUAAAACUAUACAAACAUU